CUGCUUGUUAAGUUAAAAUUAAACUCUGCACAAAUAUUGACCUUUGGAGGGGACACAAACUCUGCCGAUAUAUUUACCAGCUUUAUAAAUGGGCCUGACCACAGUGCCCUAUACGCUGAGAUGGAGGAGAUGAGGACUGUGGAGGUGCUCAAACAUCAAACGAGCCGUGAGCACCAGUUGAUGUUCAGGAGGCUACCCCUGAUUCUCCAGAAGCCCUGGACUACCCUGUGCCCCAGAGGGGCUGAUAUCCUUGCCCUACUGCAUCUGGCUGCACACCAAGCUCUGCAGCCUGUGUCAGCAGCACAGGAGCUGGCUCUCUGGGGCUCUCACUGGGAAACUGGCAACCAGGGAGCAGAGACCUCCAUGAAUUGCAGCCUCUGAAGGAUCAGAGCACUUCUUGGGGAUGGCUGGGCAUGCUACCUUGGGUACAUCAUGAACAGGGUGGCUUCAGGUCCCUGGAGAGGACAAAGCAAGGGCCACCUAUCUCCCAAGGUGCCUGGCUGCUAGCAGAGUGCCCUGCAUCCCUUUGAUCUGGAGGUGUUUGCCUUGCCAAGAGCCCUCUAACUACUCCUUCCUUUAAAUAGCAAAGCUCACAAAUGCCCCAUACGGUUCCAUGUCUAUAUGUUGUCUAUAUAUUUGUGUACACACACGCACACAACAUACAGAGAUUUAUUCGUGUUUUCAGAGCGGUUCAUGAUACAUUCCAGGACGAAAUUCCAGCCAGCACUGGAGCCAAGAACAUCAGUGGCCCUGGCGUUCACUGCCCCCUCUGCCUGCGCACACACUAAAUACGGAAAGGGAGAGGUAUAAAUAGAGAGAGAAAUACAUGAAUGGCUCUGUUUCCUUACGCAGAUACAUAGGACUUGAAGGUCUGAGCAGAGUGGGAGCAGGCAGCCUCAGGAAUCUGAUGGCUGUGCCUCCUGGGGUGCAGAGCAACCCCUCCCCAGGCUGCUGCUGCCUGCCCAGAUGUGCCCAGCUGUUUGGUACCACCUCUGCAUGGGCUGUCAUGACUGGCCCAGGCUACGGGGGCAUUAGUCCAAGGGACAGGGAAGAAGAAGCUCUCAGAAACACUGAAAAAAGCUGCCUGUGGAUGUCACAGGAGAAGGGGCACAGCUGGGGGUAUGGGGGGAGCUGUGGAGGGCUCAGAAUACGCAGGGACACAGUGAAUAAACCUGGCAGCCUGUUUCAGCAGGAGUGCAGGGAGCAGGGGACAGCAGCACCAGCCGUGCAGGCAGCACUGCUCCCCUGCCCUACCUGUGGCCAGCAGAGCCGGCAGGGAUGGCAAUGCCCCAGUCCAGCCCCCAUCAGCUGGGGGCAGAGAAGCCACCACAUCCCUUGCUGACACAGAGCAGUGCCUUUAGAGCCCCAUCAAAGUCCCCCUUGUUCUCAUCCCCAAAAGGUCCUUUGCUUUUAGGAGCCACUGCCACAUCCUGAGCUGAAGGACCAGGACAGGCAGCUGCAGGGCACAGCAGCGUGGGACAGACUGUGUCCUGCACCUUUCCCCCACCAGCCAUCCCUGCAUCCCCCCUUUGCCCUCUAACCUAAACACAGCGCCAGCGAGCUCAGCCCAGUGGGGCUGGGACCCCAGGUGCCUGCACUCUCCCCACUGCCCACCGCGUGCUCCUCAGGGCUGGGCAGCUGCCUGCGGCCACGGGGCCAAUAAUGUCCAAAUGUGGAGCAGGGCCGGGAGUGGUGGCGGGGGGAUUGCUGCUCUGCUUUCCGGAGGGGGAAGGGGCUCUCCCCCUUCAAUGCUCCUGUUUGAGCUGAGGCCUGGCACUGGCUCAAACCACUGCUUGCUGACAUGAGAUCAAUCAUCCCCUGAGCUGAGCUGCUCCUUGGCAGCACCGCACAGCCGGUGCCCAUGCAUGGGCUGGGGCCUCUCCCGAAGGAGCAGGGUCUGGCCCCUUCUGCCAGACAGCCCGUGACGCCUCUCUGCCUGCUUGCAGCAGCACCUGGCACAGCAUGGCAUGGUGUGGUGUGGCAUGGCACAACAUGGUACAGCAUGGCAUGGCACAGCUUUACAUGGCAUGGCACAGCACGAUAUGAUAUGGUAUGGCACAGCAUGACACAGCAUGGAGAAGAUGAGGAAGACCCUGACUGCAAAGGAUGGUUCUCUGAUUGUGCCAGACCAUGUGCUACUGCAGAGCUAAUGGCUAUGUGGUGCCCCAGGGAGGAUGGCUGUGACGACGCGUGUCUAUCCCUCCAUCCCCAAACAAGCCAACAGGUGAUGCUGGGCUGAAGUGAGGCUGGGAUCAAGCAGGCAGAUGCCCGUACCUGGCUCAGGUGCCACCUGCUCUCUGCAGUGGCAGUGCCAGAACUGUGGCCAGGCACAGCACAGUCACCAGGGGGUGGGCUGUGAACAACCCUACAGCCCCAGCAGGAGCAUCCCUGGAGGACUCAUGAGACAGCAGCCACUGCUGCCACAGUGCACUCCCAUCCCCAGUGGAUGCAAGGGCUGGAGCAAUCACGGCCAGCCCAGCUGCAGGGGGCUCACGCCUUGCCCACAGUCUGGGCACUAUUUUGGGCAGGCUGCUGCCCUGAGGUGCCCAUGCCAAGUUUGGUUUUAGCAGCGUGCAGCUCCACUGACUCAUUGCUUGUGCAAGUGGCCUGUGGCUACCAGCAGCAGCCCAGAAAGUGUGCUUUGGCCAGGCCCCCCUCACCUGAUCAUGCCUCAGCAAUAAAUAAAUGACACCACAGCGCUGCCUGCCACGUGCCUCCAGGGCAAACCCUACAGGGGGGGCAGUGCCCAUGCAGUGAUUGACCCCCCCACCCAGUGAUGAGUGCCUGUUCUCCUUCCCAAAAGCUCCACUGUGGGCACGAAGCACUGGCCCCUGGCCCCUCAGCCGUCAGACACGGCACUCUGCCCCUUGUGCCCGUUGGUGCCAGCACACACGCUCCUGCUGUUGUGCACACACUCGUGCUCUCACAUACAUGCUUACACUGAGCACGAGUGACCCUCUGCUCCUCCUGAGUGCAGCAGCACGCAGGUCCUUGUGUACACGUGUGCAUGGUGGCGUGUGCCUCACUCCCACCAGCACAGCCGCAGCCCACUGCAUUUCUAGCAUGGGACCUAGACCCAGGGCAGCAAUGAGAUGGGGCGACCAAGGCUUGCUCAGGAAUGAAGCAAGGACUCCACAAGCGGACCCAAUCCAGUACAGGACGCAGGCACCCAUGCAUCUCACUGGACGAGCACAACACAGAUGUGGGUGCACACAAGAGCUUGCUCCACUCAUCCGAGCAUCCCCAAAAGUCAGCCCCGUGCUGCCGAGCCAGCCUGCGUGGGGCCUUGCAACUUUUGCACUGCUCAGCCCUGCUAGCAACAGCGCCACAGCCACUGGCUCCUUCCCCAGCCCCACACCGAGAGACCCCAGCCUGGCUGAGCACCUGCAGCAUCUUUUCCCCCAGGCCAUGCACCCUGCGUGUGAGCAGCCCAUGUCGCAACCACGCGCCAGCCCCGCUCUGGCCCAGUUGCAGCUGCAAAGCCGCAGCUACCUUGUGCUAAUUAAAAACAUCCCUCAUUGGAAGGAGCCAAAAGGCCGCUUCCUCCCUGCCGCACCAGGCUGGCGCGGGUUUGAGGGAUGCCAUCCCCACCCUGCAAAACAUGCAGCCCACUGCUGCCUUCGCCCUUGGCCGGGCUGCAGCAGAGCCGCUCCCUGGGGCUUAUUUUUAGUGCCUGUUAAAAAGGAGAGGCAGAGCACUGGAGGCAGGCAGCGUGCGGGCAGGUGCCCAGCUGGACCCUGCAAUGGCAAUGGCCAGUGGCUCUGGCGGGUGCCCUGGCCGCCCUCCACCUGCCCCGCUGGCCCACGUCCCCUCGUGGGAGGGGGACAGGCGCCUGGCCCCUGUCCCAGCCCCGGUGGGGAACAAUAAGAGGGACGGUGACCCCCGGGCGCCCUGACGUCAGCCGGCACUGCUGCCGGCACCGCCGCCAGCCCUGGCCCUGGGGCUCCCACUCGCCCUCGGCCGGGGCCGUGCUGGAAGCCGCCUGUUUGUUUAUCUUCCUCUCCGGCGUUGCUUGUUUUGAUGGCACAUCCUCCUCCUCCUCGCCGGGCCCUGGGGUCGAGCCAUGAACCCGCCGCGUCCUGUUUGCCGAGGUCCCGCGCUCGGCUUGCAGAGGUGCGCAGCAGCCACCCCCGUGCACACCGGCCGCAACAGAUAAAAAUACGCAAGGCAGAGCAUCCUGAGGCGCAGGGGCUAUAUUUGCACUGAUAGUAUCAGCGUGUUUGCCUCUGGCGUACCUGCUCCUGCUCUCCCUGGGCCAGGGGACACGGCGCUGCAUGGACCCGUUGUCCCCCUCCCAGAGCCAGACCGUGGGCUCUGGCACCAGCUGUGUCACAAAACACUGACCACAGCCAGGCUGGGGCAAGCCCUUAAAACCCACGGGUAGGCACCCCAUGCUGCCUCGUGGGGUCACCUCUGCAACCCAAAGGGACACCUGAGGACAAAAUACCCCCGACCUGCUGGGUCCUAGGCUGCUGGAAAGGCUGUCGGGGCAGCCCCAAGGCACUGAG